UUGGAUGCAUAGUAACGGUUGUGCAUUAAGCCUAACCCUGAAAGGCACGAACGGCACCGAUGCAGAGUGGAUCGCAUGUUCGCGGCCGCUUUUAUUCACCUAUUUUGUACGUACACUCGAAGCUGUUGUUUUGCAUGUUCUUUGGAUAACUCGUUUGUUUUGGUUUAUUUAUUACAUAACGGCGCAUGUUGCAAGCAAUCGUUUGACAGUUCGUAAAAUAACAACAGAGAAUCAUACAGAAAACAUUGCUUGUUCUUGUUCAAGAGCAGAAAAAACUCUUUAAAAACAACCCUUUAUUAAAAGUUCAAUAAUAUAUUUCUUACUUCAAUCGAUUGCCAUGGCUAGCCGACUGCCCGAGAUCUUCACCCGAGGAAUGGUAGCUUUCCGCUUCGGACGUCCAUUUACCCAUUCUGCAGGAAGCAUGAACCGCAUAUAUGAGCCCGACUAUCUUGAGUUGCUCAAACCGAAAUAUCCACUUUACGAGACGCUGAACCUGUCCAUCAAAGGCUACGAUUAUCCUUUGCUCGAAAGCUACCAAAAAUUCAUCCACAAUGUGGCUGAUUCGAUGGAUCUGGAGAUAGCCGACGGUUACGCACAGCCUCCACAAAAGCUGAACGUGCAAAAGUUUAAACCCAACUCUAGCGUUAUUGACAGCGAGUACAAACUGACCAUGUACGAGCGUACGGUGCAGGUGGAAAAUGUCCAGGCUCCAUUAUAUCCACUGCUGUUGCGCACACUGCAGGCUGCCCUUCCGGAAGGUGUCACGUUGAAGGUAUCAGAGCAUACGGGGGAGCAGGAGGAAUCACGGUACGUUCCAGAUCGGGACCUGAAGGAACUCAAGCAGCAAUUAGAUGAAAUGGGUGGUCCAUCGAAGAGAAGAUGAAUCGAUUAAAGAGGUAGCAGUUUUUUGUAGAUUAACAAUAAUAAAAUUGUAUUGUUUGGUAUAACAA